CUAUAGGGCGAAGAGACGGUGGACAAAUAAAUAAUAAUUAAACGGCAUUCCCAUCAGCUGUGUGUGAGGGAGAUAGCCAGAUAGCUCCAUCAAGGACCUGCAAAAUUAAACAGCAAUGGCUCGCCUCCUGAUCCACUGCCUGUAUUUCCUGCUGAUCAGCAUUCUGGCCUGUCAGUGUCCUGCAGUCAGCGGGCUGUUUGAGUGGUUGAAGGAGGCGGGGGCUCCUCCAGCAGCACCUCCACCAGCAGCAGCAGCAGCAGUAGUAGUUCCAGCACUUCUUGCAAAGGAUGCUAAGUUUGAGAUGGCUACAACCGAUGAGAGGUUUUUGUCUGAGGCAAAGCAGAUGGAGCUGAGCCCGUUAGACAGCUGUCAUUUCAAGGUGGUCGCCCAGCUGAAGGCGAGCUGUGAAAGCCUCCCAGAGGAGCAGCUUGCGAAGCUUGGAGUUGUGCUGUUUAACUGCCAGGCAGCGGUUGAGGGGCGUCAGACCUACCCAUGCACAGAGGAAAUGACUAUAAAAGAGUGCACAGCAGACAUGGAUUCAGACACAUGGAAUGCUUACCACAUAGUGAGCAACAGAGCGCGCUCUGUUUGCUACGCGACUCGCCAGCAGCUCUUCCGGCGCAGAGCAGAGCACACUGUCAACGCUCUCAUCUCCACAGCCACAAGCCAGCUAGAUGCAAUGAAGGACCUCAAGGAGGGCCAGCUGGAGCUGAAGGAACUGACCGCAGCCUCCUUGGACAAGCUGCUGGAUGGUCACAGUGCUCUGCAGGAACAACAGGGGAAACUGUAUGAGGGCCAGGGGCAAAUGGAGAGCUCACUGAGGGACAACUUGGAGCGUCUGGGUCAGGAAAAAGCCCUCAUCGCCUCUGGACAGGAGCUGGUAGCCCAGCUCAUUCAGGGCAUUACAAAGAGAAUGGAGAAUGUGAGUGAGCAUCUGCAGAACCAAGGCUCGGAGGUGCAGGACAGCCACAAGGCGAUUGUUAAAGACCUCACAGAUGUCAGACACCAAGCUCAGGACAUCCACCAAAAGAUUGAUCACAGUAUGUCUGAGUUUCUGCAGUACCAGGACCAGACCUCACAGUACUACGCUGACCUGAUGAACAAACUGGAGCGCAUGAACAGCACCCUGGGAGCCACGCUGCGCUACCUGGACAACAUGCAGAGCCGCAUCGAGGAGAGGCUCCACAUGAUCCAGGGCUACCUCGGCUGGGCAGGUUUGAGCCUGACCGCCAUGUGGACGUGUAUUGCACAUACGGGCUACUUCGUCAUGGGUGCAGUCCUGCAGACGUUCCUGCGUUGUCCAGGUUUCUCUCGCGCCAUGCUGCUGCUCGCCGUGCCUCUUAACGCAGUGGCCGAGGUCAACCAGCAGCCGGCGCUGGAUCUCCCCUGCCUCAGCCUGCUGCUGCUCAUUCUCUCUCUGGGUCAGUGGUUUGCGAGUCAUUUGUGGGCGUGCUUUCAGUCCAGAGGAAGGCCAGCCGCCCCACUGCCACUGGCCUCAUGGGCCAUCGUGGAGCCACAGAAACCAGGAUCAUCCAGCUCCUCCUCAUAUCCGCCGUCCUCCACGCCGCAGAAAGAUGAAAAUGAUGGCUCUUUCGAUCAAGACGACCUGUUGAAUCAGGACAGCCUCAUAUCUGGUAACGUUGGCGUAUCAGCAGCGUCUCCCCCCCUUCACAGGAAGCCUCCCCUUCACAGGAACCCAAUCCCAGAGUCCAGGUUUACGCCAAUCAUUAGCACACCCAAUCACUCCACUCCCAGGCUUGUACCGCAGCCAGUUCUUUCAGAGGCUCUGGUUGCCGAUAUCCCCCUUAGAAACCUGGGAGGCGUUUUUGAUUUUGUAAUCGACUCGCAUGAUUCCGUGAACGACUCCCGAAGUGCGAGUCCUACCCCGUCAGUAGUCAGCAACAGUUCUCUAUCAGGCCGUCAGCUGUGCAAUGGUAUCACAAAAACAGGGAAGAUCUGUAAGAAGAGAGCCGUGCUAGGACAGGACUACUGCAGAGUCCAUGAAGGGGGGCACACCUCCUAUGUUGCUAAAUGAGCACUGCAUUUUUUUUUUUUUUUUUUUGACUACAGAUUUUUUAAAUAUUUUUACUGCCAUGUUUAACUGUUCAUUUAAGUAAACCCAUACUUUCGUUACCCAUGGAUCUGUCUGUAUUCAAACAGAGCAACUUUUUUUGAUAGUGCCUUCUCUGCAAAAAUGUUUUUAUCAACUCUUAUUGUGAUGUCAUUGUAAGUUCUGCCUGCCUAUUUACUUUUAAGUUAAUAAAUUAUUUCUUUACCAUGAA